GGGAAUGGAGAACCAGAAGGAGGAGGAGGAGGACCAUCGCUGUAGAGGAGGAAGGGGAGGAGGAGGGAUUUGGACGUGAGCUGACUCACCUCACAGAGAGGCAUCCAGGCAUUCAGACACACACACAGACAGACAGCGAGCGAGAGAAGCGAGCCAAAGCAUAAACCUGAGCUGCGGACUGUGACUGACUGACUGGUGAAGUGGACUGGUCGCUCGUGGAGUAGCUCGGAUUACGACUUACUUCUGUACAGGAGGAAGAUUGAGCAAUUCCGUUCUGAAUUCUCUCCAAUGUUUCCGGACCCUUCGAUUCAGAACUUCAUUCGUGCAUUCGUCGUCCUCGUAUCAACAGAAGUGAUAAUGGAGUGAGUGAGUGAGUGAGUGGGUGAGUGAUCGAAUAAUGGAUCCGUGAAGACUCCGGGACUGAGGUGGCAGUAAGUUUCGGCGACGGUAAAGCGAGAUUUUGUUUUACUUUCUGUAUUUCUGUUUUCGCAGCGAGGAUGAGGAUCUCGGUGCCAUAGUAGUGGGAAUUGACAGUUGGCCCAGGUGUUGGACACAGGGGAUUUUUUCCUUGUGUGCGAAGUGGUGGAAGUCCACUGACCUUGCUCGUUCCAGAGUAGAAAGAUUGUGGCUGAUUGGUAAAAGAGCCGGGAGAGGAGACAGAGAGUAUCGCCGAGACAUUGGGUCGCCUGAGCAGUCGAGCAGGAUGUCGAUGCUGCAGUCGGAAAAAUCUCUAGGCAAAGAAGAUUGCAUAUCGAUGAUGCAAAAAAUGGCAGAGAUGGAAGCGGAGCAUGCCGAUCUUAAGAACAGGCUACAGAAGUUGGCGGAGCUCGAAGCGAGUCAUGAACAGCUGAGGAAGCGGGUGGAGGACGCGUUGCGAGGGACGGACCGACCAGCUCUGAUAGCUCCCGCACCCGGCGCUUCUGCUGCCCAGGAUCCGCUGAAGCCUCUUGUUCCCACCACUUCUGAUAUCGCCGCCAGGACGUCGAGGAUGAUGGUGCAGGGUGAUUCUGCAGUCCCGGGUGCGAUGCCGAGCGAAUUCAACAGCUACAUUCUGCAGUCUAUGGGGCAGUCUGUACAUGUUUUUUUGCCGAGCGGACAAAUCAUUUACUGGAAUCGCAUGGCGGAGCAGCUCUUUGGAUAUACUGAAAGGGAGGCUAUCGGACAGAAUGUUUUGGAACUUUUAUGCAGUGAAGAUACUUAUCAGGUUGCUUCUCAACUUGUGGCAAGGAUUAGUAUGGGGGAGUCUUGGACAGGUCAAUUCCCAUUGAGACGACGUUCUGGAGAAGAAUUCAUGGCAAUGGUCACCGAUACGCCUAUGAUUGAUGACAGAGGUAGAAUUGUGGGUAUUAUUGCCGUUUCCAGUGAUGCUCGUCCUUACAGGAAUCAGUUUAAUAAUUUGACCAAUAGGGCCCUCGGAUCAUCUGAAUCGUCAGACUCUGAUUCACAAUUUGGGCACAGACGUAAGCCGAAAGUAGAAUGGCAGCAACCAUGGCAGAUUCCCUUUGCUUCGACAAUUGCUGACUUAUAUUUACAGGCUUCAAAGGUGAUAUCUAAGCUCAAAGUGAAAGAAGUUGGGGUCGAAAAGGAAGGAGGGAGUAACAAUAGUCAGAGCUCAGAGUCUUUUGACCAUCAACGCUUCACGGAGCAAUCUGGUGCGGGAAACAAUGUAUCACCACCGGAAAGUCCAGCAAGCAAGAAAUGCUCGACAGAGGGAGGCUCGGUAGGAAGUGGUCUUAACAUACCGCGAAUUCUCACAGGACAGGCAGAAGCAUGGAUUUCGAAGACGGGCCUUACCUGGCCCUGGGGCGGAGAAAGGUACAAUAGUGGACACCAAAAGGAAGCUAAUGAUGAUAGCGCACCCGUAGCGUGUAGCUUGGACUCCUGGUCGGAAAGAAAACUCUUCAAAGGUGGAGGUGAUGCUAGUGCUACUAAUCCCGACUCUCCGUGCAAUUUCAACAGUGCUAGCAGUAGCACCAGUAGCAACGCAGAAUCUAGUACUGCUGGAAGCAGUAGAACCGAACUUGAAGUACUGGAGAGCUCGGAUUGUGAAAUUUUGUGGGAGGACUUGGUAUUGGGAGAACAGAUAGGUCAAGGUUCUUCGGGCACUGUAUACCACGCUCUCUGGCUAGGCUCGGAUGUGGCUGUGAAAGUGUUUUCGGAACAAGAAUACUCUUUGGAACUAUUGGAGGAUUUUAAAAAAGAGGUUGCUAUAAUGAAGCGGCUUCGACAUCCGAAUGUAUUACUUUUUAUGGGGGCAGUCACAGCACCAGAGCACCUUUCCAUCGUUACCGAGUUUCUUCCCCGGGGAAGCCUAUUUCGUUUGCUCCACCGCAACACUCCAGGACUAGAUUGGAAGCGGCGCUUGAAGAUGGCCCUAGAUAUUGCGCGGGGAUUGAACUAUCUCCAUCACACAACUCCACCUAUCAUUCAUCGUGAUUUGAAGUCUUCAAAUCUUCUCGUUGAUAAGAACUGGACAGUGAAGGUAGGAGAUUUUGGAUUGUCGCGGAUCAAGCACUCAACUUUCUUGACAGCGAAGUCAGGGAGGGGAACGCCACAAUGGAUGGCUCCGGAAGUCCUUCGCAACGAACCAUCCAACGAAACAUCGGACGUUUACAGCUUUGGCGUCAUUUUGUGGGAACUUGCAACAGAGGAGAUACCCUGGAAUGGACUAAAUCCAAUGCAGGUUGUGGGAGCCGUAGGAUUUAUGAAUCGCAGGCUGCAAAUACCUGAUAACGUUGACCCACAAUAUGUCGAACUCAUCGAACAAUGUUGGGACAGUGAUCCUCACGCUAGGCCUUCUUUCACAAAGCUGGUGAACAUACUGAAAGAUAUGCAGAAGAGUGCUCUGGCUGCAACCCAGAACCCCAUUAGUAUGGCAAGGCAGACGAGGCCUUCCUGAAGAUGAUGCCGCAAGAAUGGAUCUUAGAUGUACUGUAAUUGUAGUUAGAUAGCUGCUGCUGCUGAUCCAGCUUCUUAUUCUGCAACAAAUCUCGAUGCUGCUACCUUACGGCCAUGAAAGUCCAUGAGUAAUUUUUUUUUUCACAGUGGUGGUAAGCAAUCACCAAUGUAACUUAGCCCAUAUAUGCGAACAGAUCUGGGCAGGUUCUUCUAGAGUGAAAAAAGUAGUGCAGAAUUUCUUGUAAGUUAUCGCUGCUGGAUCAGUAGAUGACAUUUACAUUGUAUAAUAGAUAUGACAGUGGAUAGUGGAUAGCGGAUAGACGGCCAUAUCCAAGGGCCUUUCGACACAUUGUAGAAUUAUACAGUACAAGGAUUCCUCCUAGUCUUAGCUUGGGAUUCAACAUUAUUUUGAGAAAGCGGAAUUUGCCAAC